AAACAAAAAUAAAAAAAAAAAAAGAAAGUCGUAAAAGGGGUAGAAUUGGGGGAGAGAUGGGCCAGGCUCUCCGGCGAUCCUCGGGGAAGGUGCGCCCCCCUCCGCCGCCGCCUCCUCCGCCACCUCCGCCGCCGCCGACGUCUCCUCCUCCGCCGCCGCCGCCGCCGUCCGCGGCGGCAAGGGGCGGCGCCGCGGCGCAGGAUCGGGUCGACAUUUCCGAUGCAGAGGUGACUACUUCAACUAAAGAUGAUCAUGGUGUACUUGCGGAGCGGGAUCCAAUGUAUGACGACAUGCUCAGGCAUAUGGUUGGUAGAAUCACAUCAAAGCCUGGAGGCAAAUUAGAAAUGGGUGAGGCAUCAAUUGUAGAGCGAUACAAUCGGCCAUUGCCGAAGCUUCGGAGCUCAAAAGCUGACGCUGGAGGGAGCGGGGGAAGGCCGCUUCCGCCUGGAACCCUGAACGUAGCGCAAAUCCGCCAAAUCAUCCUCCUCCAUCAGGGGAAGUCGGAUUAUCACCGCGGGCCGAUGGCCGUUCAAGAAAUCGCGGAGAAAUUCAGGAUCGACGCCGCCGAAGUUCGAAAGAUCGUGCAAUUCCUCUCGUUUCCCCAAGAAGAAACUGACAAGAAAACAGAAGACUGACAGCCAAAGCAUGGCUUCAAUUUAUUGACUUCUUUCGGAAAGAUGGUAUCACACUUGUGCUGUAUAAAGAGCUCAAACAAGCUGCAAAAUUUUACUCUUGUAUCUUAUUGAUCCCAAUUUUCCCAAGAGUGGGGAUUUCAAUUUUUUAGUUUCCACACAGGCACAGUACCUUACUUCACUAGGGUUUACUAGUGAAAGGGGGAGCAAAACAGUAACAUUUAUGUUUUUUGGUUUAGUGAAGUUGCUCUGUCCUU